AUGGCUUCUUACUACUUCCUCUUGUUUGUUCUUGUUGCUGCUACUGCCCUUUCUGAAGCAGAUGCCAAAAAGAAGUUAUCUGAAGACUUCUACUCGAGCAGCUGCCCGGAACUGUUACCAAUAGUAAGUAAAGGGGUCAUCAGAGCCAUUAAAAAUGAAACUCGCAUAGGAGCUUCCUUGCUUCGAUUGCAUUUCCAUGACUGCUUUGUAAACGGCUGUGAUGCAUCAAUACUGUUGGAUGAUACGAGCACUUUCACUGGAGAGAAAACAGCUGCAGGUAAUAAUAAUUCAGUAAGAGGAUUCAACGUGAUUGAUGACAUUAAAGCCAUGGUGGAGAAAGCAUGCCCAAAGAUUGUGUCCUGUGCUGAUAUUCUUGCUCUGGCUGCUAGAGACUCUGUUGUUUAUCUAGGGGGACCUUCGUGGAAAGUAGGCUUUGGAAGAAGGGAUUCUACUACAGCUAGCAGAGCUGAUGCUAAUAAUUCCAUUCCUGCACCCUUUCUCAAUAUAAGCGCUCUCAAAACGAAUUUCGCUAAUCAGGGGCUCUCGGUGAAGGACUUGGUGGCUCUUUCGGGUGCACAUACAAUUGGCCUGGUUAGAUGCGUACAAUUCCGAGCACACAUCUACAAUGAUUCCAACAUUGAUGCCUCCUUUGCCAAGUCCCUACAGAGCAAGUGCCCCAGAAGUGGAAAUGACAAUAUACUCGCACCCCUUGACCAUCAAACUCCGACCCAUUUCGAUAAUCUUUACUUCAAGAAUUUGCUGGAUAGAAAGGCACUUCUCCAUUCCGACCAGGAACUGUUUAAUGGAAGUUCUACUGACCAUCUGGUGAAUAAGUACGCGACUGAUACAGCUGCAUUCUUUAAAGCCUUUGCCAAGGGCAUGGUCAAAAUGAGCAGGAUCAAGCCUCUGACAGGUACCAAGGGGCAGAUCAGAAUCAAUUGCAGAAAAGUCAAUUAA